CAUUCGUGGGCUUUUUGCAGAGCGUUUGUCUAUUUUAGACAUUGGAAACUGCGCGUGCUUCGACAAAGAUCUAUACACAGAUAUGGAGAUAAAUAUACACUGACGAGUAGUCCAUCUACACAUCUACAAAUUACACAUUUACAUUUACAUAUAUAUAUAUAUAUAUAUAUAUAUAUAUAUGGACAUACACGGGUGGUUGUGUAGAGUUUUUCCGGUUCUGUGUUAACAACUGCGGUUCUUUCACCUCUGGUGUGACUGCGAGUGGAUUCGCUCUUGGGUCGGGUGAGUUGUUUCGACUCUUUUGAGAGAGUCAUAAAACUCACACUUGGAGACAGACUGUACCGACAUCGUGGUGUUCACUUUGGAAGUCUCUUCGUAAUGUCGGUCUGGAUGGACUAAACGUUUGGGAUUCUUGUUGGCGUAAGCCGGACAGCACGGGAGGCUCGCGCUGGGAUGAGAGUCUCGCGAGAGAAAAGAGAAAUCGAGGCCGCUCUUUGCCAGUCGAAAGCGAAGCAAAGACGAUGAGAAACAGCAACUGCAGCUCAAAAAAGGCGUCUCGUCUUCCAAGUGGCUCGUGCCGAUUUCCUCUCUUCUUUCUCUUCGAUGCCUUCAUUUCUGUCUCUUCUUCCGCAGUCUCUCCUGUACUCUUUCUUCUCUCCUUCCUGUACUCUUUCUUCUCUCUUUCCUGUACUCUUUCUUCUGUGUCGCUUUCUUCGUUCCCUCUAUCUUUCUUCUCGCUCUCUCUCGUUACCCUUUCUCCUCUUUGACUGGUUCUUCUGUCUUUUAUUCUUCCCUUCUCAUUCUCUUUCCUCUCUCUUCUAUGUUCUCUUUUCCUUCUGCACGCUUCUGCCGCUCUGUUGUCUCCGUCGUUGCCCUUUCGCCGAGCCCUCAUCAUCGCGAAACCUCGAGUCUGUCUUCUCAUCCAGUCUCUACUCGUUUGCUUGUCUCGUCUCUCCAAUGCUCACCAUCGUUCCUCCCAAAGACUGGGAUGCUGGCUUUCUUCUCGUCUGCGUCGCGUCUGAAAGCGACCGACAGCGCGUCUCUCUCCCCUUGUCUCUCUGCUCCGGCCGAUCCGCCGGUCUGCGCUCUCUGCCCGAACUUAUAUAUGUCUCUUGAGGCGAGCAAAGAAGAUAUCUUUCCUUGCUACUUCUGCAGGCAUCUGCUCUUCUAGCACAAAGGCAAGAGGAGAGAAGCCUGCAGAGAAACGGGCAAGAAGUUUCCACCUUUCUCUGCCUUCUGUGCGCGGCGUCGAACGCACAAGCCGAGCAGAAUCUCGACGGCAACGCAUUCCGUCAGCGCUGGCGACCAGCUCUCCCCACAAUAGUCGAGACGGAGUUGUCUUCAGUUGUAGAUGUCCACGUUCCUCUUUCAUCAACAGAAAAAAUGAGGGAAGCAUUGACCAGACAGGAACGCAGACAUCCACCACAACCUCUGCACUCCUCUCUACAAUACACAACCACCCUUCACCUUCACAAAAGUAGACAUACAAGC